UAUUUGUGUGUUUUAUCAACUAGGGUUACAUCCCUCAAAGGUACACGAAUUGUAAAUGGUGACGAAGCCAAAGAUGGGCAGUUCCCGUGGCAGGUGGCAAUCAUGGGCAAAUCGGCUACCAUACCCACGUACCUGUGCGGUGGUGCCUUGAUUAGUGAAUCAUGGGUGUUAACAGCUGGACACUGUGUAGACGGAGCCAAAUCGGCCACCAUUUAUUCAGGGUCUGUGAACUUGAAUUCCCCCAAUCGAACCACAAGUCGAGCUGAAGAAUUUAUUCUUCACGAAUAUUACGUACCGGAAUUUUUAAACCACGAUGUUGGAUUAAUACGACUACAAAAACCACUAAUUUUAGACGAUAAUACCCGACCUAUAAUGUUAGGGGAUGAAGAGCUUGAGGCUAACACCACUGUUACAGUGAGUGGUUGGGGAGAAAUAAGCGAUGGUAACCCCUACAGCGAAGUCCUCAAUUACAUAUCUCUUUCCACAAUAGAAAAUAUAGAGUGUGAACGAAUUUAUGGUUACCAAAGAGUUACGUCUGGAGUGGUGUGUACAAGUCCUGGAGAUCCUGUGAAGAGUCCUUGUUUCGGAGAUAGUGGGGCUCCUGUUGUGGUCAAUAUCGAGUCGGAUCCAGUCCACGUCGCCAUUUUCAGUUUUAUUAAUGGCUACGGUUGCGAAUACCCUUACCCAGCAGGGAACACCCGGACUGCUUAUUACAGAGACUGGAUUAGGAAAAACACUGGAAUUUAG